AUGGAUUUAAUUAAGCGAGGGCAUGAAGUUACAGUGAUAACUCCAGAUCCUUAUUUUAAAAAUGACUCUGCACCUAAAAAUUUAAGAGAAAUUGACGUCCACGAUAUCUCAUACAAGAUUGGAAAGGAUUUCAUUCCUACUAUUACCGGAAGUGAGGAUGAUUUGAUAAAUCAAGUGGUUGCCAUGGCUGGAAUUAUUAGUGACCUACUUGAAAAACAAAUGAAAGUGAAGGAUGUACGUGACCUUAUUGUCGAUAAAAAACGACAGUUCGAUUUGAUACUGUUGGAAGCACUUUUUGAACCACUACUAGGAUUUACACACAUUUUCAAGGCACCGACAGUUUUAGUAAGCUCUUUUGGACCAUUCAUUGGAAGUUAUGAGAUAAUGGGAGCACCAACGCAUCCUACCGUGUACCACAACAUGUUUAGUCAAAGACUAUAUAAUUUAAAUUUAUGGGAAAAAGUUGCUGAACUGUAUAAAUAUUUUCGUAUUCGAUACAUUUUAAGUUCCAGAGAGGAAAAUUACAAUAAACUGAUUAAAAGCAUAUUUGGCCCCGACACUCCACCUCUAAGCGUUUUAAAAAAUAAUGUUGAUAUGUUGCUGUUAAAUGUUAAUCCAAUUUGGGAAGGAAAUCAUCCAGUACCACCAAACGUCAUACACAUGGGAGGAUUACACCAAAAACCUCCAAAGGAAUUACCAAAGGAUCUUCAGCAAUAUCUGGAUGCUUCACAAAACGGUGUCAUUUACUUCAGUUUCGGAACCAACGUUCUACCAUCUGCUUUAUCUCAAGAAAAAAUUAAAAUAUUUGAAAAUGUUUUCUCACAACUCCCAUAUAACGUGAUAUGGAAAUGGGAUAGUAAUGAAAAAGUCGAAAAAUCAAAAAAUGUAAAAAUAUACAAAUGGCUACCACAAUCAGAUCUUUUGAGACAUCCUAAUGUGAAAUUAUUUAUAACUCAAGGAGGUUUACAAUCGACAGACGAGUCGAUCACUGCUGGUGUACCACUUAUAGGCAUACCAAUGUUAGCAGACCGGUGGUAUAAUACAGAAAAAUAUGUUCAUCAUAAAAUUGGUAUCAAGCUUUCCUUAGAAAAACUUACUGAAAAUCAAUUAAAAAAUGCAAUUAUAGAAGUUAUUGAAGAUAAAAGGUAA